AAACUGAAGUGGACAGAGGAGAAGCUAAAGGAGAUGGACAGGAGGUCAAGAAAGGUCCUAAUGAUGUAUGGACCCAAUCAUCCACGUGCAGACAUUGAUAGCCGAUACAUGAAGAGAGCGACAAGAAGAAAGGGAUUGAUAAGUGCCGGACCAAAUCCUUCGUAUUUCGUUUGAUUUUUAAAAAGUUCAACGAAUAUAAAAUCCUUGCUGAGAACAUAUCAAGAGCCAUGGAGCGUGACCUUUCAACCGUUACGGGAACAUUCAGAGUUGAAGACUGUGGCUCAGACAGAAGUAAAAUAUUUGCUAUUUACUGUACAGUAUUUAGCGAAAUGACUGAAAGUCAACUGCGGCGCAAUAUCUCCGAAGUUUUGAACAAAUCCCAGGCAUUGCUUAACAUAGGAGUUAGGCAAAGCCACAUGAAAUUCAUUGACGAAAUGUUUUGUGAUGAAAGCACAUCAACUAACGAUGGAACUUUCUCUUGGCCAAUGACAAAAAUAGGAACUACUGCAGAGAUCCCAUGUCAUGGAAAUGUAGCCACAAGGCAUUGUUCUUCCAGAACGAUGGGGCAUCCAGAAAUGGCAUCAAGUCAAAACUUGUCAUCACAAAAGUGUUCACCGUUUACUGGUAUCUGGCAAGAACCAGACAUGUCUCAAUGUUGCAAUGCAGAACAGACCACUCAAGGACUAAAGGAUAUCGAAAGCAAAGGCAUUGAUGUUGGCUGGACCAAAUCCUUCGCAUUUCGUUUGAUUUUAAAAAUGUUCAACGAACGUAAAAUCCCUGCUGGGAACGUAUCAAGAGCCAUGGAGCAUGAGUUUUUGACCGUGACUGGAAAAUUCAGAGUUGAAUAUCCUGGUGUUCAAAGUGAACUGCGGCGCAAAAUCUCCCAAGUUUUGAACAAAUCCCAGGCAUUCCUUAACUUAGGAGUCCAGAAAAGUCACACGAAAUUCCUUGAUGAAAGUUCAAGUACUGGUAAUGGAACAGAGGAUAGAGCAGCAGAAACAAACUUCUAAGUGAAAAUCGAAAAAGAGCCUCCAAGAAUCGUCUUUGAUGAUA